CGCCCUGCGACCAAUACCGAAUGACUGAAAAAUAAACUAAGUCUGGAAGAGGUACAUGCCGCUUCAAGGAGAAGCAUGUGCCACUUCAACGAGAGGUCCAUGCCGCUUCACGAGAAGGGGCAUGGAUGCGAGACAAGAUGAGACGUCCAUGCCACUUCACGAGAAGGGGCAUGGACGCAAGAAAAUAUACUAAGUAUGAGAGAGCCAUGUUGUGUCACGAAAAGGGCCACAUACAUGACUGAGAAGUCCAUGGCCGCGAAUGAGGAGGCCAUGUCGCUUCAUGAUCCAAAAUAUACUAAGUCUGAGAAGUCCAUGCCGCCUCACGAGAAGGGUCAUGUGCAUGAUUAAGAGGUCCAUGGCCGUGUCAUGUGAUGGCCAUGGACGCGAAGCAAGAAGCAUUAGAAAUUAUUGAAUAUACUAAGUAUGGAAAUUAAAGGUCAUGCCGCCUCAUGAGAGGGGCCUUGUGCAUGAUUGAGAAGUCCAUGCCACUUCACAAGAAUGGCCAUGGACACAAAUAAAAAGGGUAUGGUGAUAGAGCAUUAUAUCACUAGUGAAUAUGUCUCAAGAGGUCCAUGAUCGUUAGACAAGAAGGCCAUGGACAUGAGUAAGAAGUUCAUGGCCGUAAGACAAGAAGGCCAUGGACAUGAGUAAGAAGUCCAUGGCCGCGAGGCAAGAAGACCACAGCCCCCUUUGUGAGACACCACAUGCUUAUCAAAAGACUAGCAUGACACGAGAUUCAGAACAAGACCAGGCGAGGCAAGCUACACUCCAAGACCCACAACGGUUACAAGAGAGGCCCCUAGGCGGUUGAAGGAGUAACCACCACUCCGAGGAAGCAGGGAGCGGUUCUUUUUGGGAGUUAUCCAAGAGGCGGUUUUCUACCGAAGAAGGGGGAGCGGUUCUUUGUAGCAGUUAUCCAACAAGCGAUUUUCUAUGGCGGUUACCUCCUCGUGGCUAUAAAUAAGAGGAGGGGUCGACAUAGACAAGAGGGGUUCCAAAACCAACACUCUGACACAAAUGUCAAUUUUAUCCUUUACCUUUUCUCUAUCAUGUAGCCAUAGAUGUAGUUCGUAGUUUGGAGCUCUCGCCGAACCUCCAUAGGAGUAGAAGUAAUUUAAUUUAGAUCUCGUUCCCAAAAACCAUCAAUCAAACACCCUCGUUCGAACUUUGUUUGAAGAGGUUUGAGCCGUGUCUUAGAAAUCGUUGUCCAUAGAAGUCAAAGGUGCAAUCCAUCUCAAUUUAACGCAAGUUUUCUUGCCGGAAAACACAACCACUAAAGCAAUUGUAUUUAACAGACUAAUUUGAAAAUUUUAACCCGAAAUGCACCGAUUUCCUACUCGACAAUAUCAAGAGUCAAUUAAUUGUAACAAGAAAGAAAUACAUUAUUAAUGUUGUAUCAUUUACACAUCACUGAUGUAGCAAUUUAUUACUAACAUAAUUUUUGCUUCUGCUAGCCAGCCGGCUCCGGCUCUCCUACAAUGAAUUACCAGGUCCAAUUGUUCCUCUUCUUCUCCUCGUCAGUUUUACCGAUCUAAAGCUCUCAACACCCCCACGUAAUUAAACAAAUGGGAAAUCUCUUCUCUUCUCUUCUCUUCUCUUCUCAUGUACCAACAAAACACAACGUUUCUUAAACUACAACUACUCCCCUUUUUCAUUCCAUGCCAACAAUUAAAGCUGGUCGUGGUCGAUCACAUUCCCCCACCAAAAAAAAACCCCCACUACCUACCGAACCGAACCAUGGAGCUUUCGCCACCGAGCAACAGCCUCUUCUUUCUCCACGCUCUCGCACUCACAACUCUUCUUCUCACAAUCCUCCUACCUCCCGCCGCCACCGUCGAACCCACCACGACGGAUGAUUUCGUCGAGAAAUCGUGCGCCUCCGCCACCCGCUACCCCGACCUGUGCGUCGCCACGCUGUCCCCUCACGCCUCCGCCAUCCAAACCAGCCCCAAGCUGCUGGCCACCGCCGCUCUCUCCGUCGCGCUGGCGGCCGCCCGGUCCGCAUCCAAGUCCCUGCAGUCCGAAACGGCGGCGUACAGGAGGAUGGUAGGGUCGACCACGUCGAUGAGUCCAGGAGAGGCUGCCGCGUGGCGGGACUGCAGGAGCCUGGUGAGGGACUCGGUUGACCAGCUCCGGAGAUCGGUCAAGGAGAUGGGUGGCGACGAAAAGACGACGGCGAUGAUGACUAGGUUCCAGCUCAGCAACGUGCAGACGUGGGCCAGCGCGGCCAUGACGGAUUUGGACACGUGUACGGAUGGAUUGUCCGGUGAGGGCGUGGAUGGGGAGGUGAAGAGGAGGGUGAUGGAGAGCGGGGUUGUGGAUGUUGGCCACAUGAUUAGUAACGCUUUGGCUUUCGUUAAUAGCUAUGGUGAUGUGAUUAAUUAAGGUAAACAAAAGGUGAAUUUUUGUUCAGGAUCAGAGCUCUAUAUCUAAAUAGCUCAUUUUUAUUUCUAAAUUUGUCAGAUAUUCAUAAAAUUCUGUUGUAAGUCUCUCAAGAUAAAAAAAAAAAAAUCCUGUUGCAUUUCUUGUAUUGUGUUGUUCAUCAACUUGGGUGGUUAUCAUCGAGGAUGAAAUUAAUUGCUGGUUGGAUUUGGGAUUGAUUUUCUUGUUGUUGUUUAAUUGUUUUCCUAUUGAUGAUAAAUUAUGUUCUUGUGUUUUGGAUGAAUGGGUCCUUCUCCUGAUAUGGGUAAGGAUGAAUAAAUAAGCGACGUUUGUUUAAUUGUUUGUUGUAUAAUGAAUUAUUAUUUAUUACAUUAAAUUAUAUAUACAUACAUGUGCAUAAUUGUGUAUGAAUUUCUUCAUUUCUUGAUUAUAAGAUUGUGUAUGAUUUGAUUUUUUUUUUUUUUUUGGACAAUGACUGAUUGGUUUCCAUAAAAAAAAAAAGCAAUGUCUAAUUGGCUAAUGGCUACUGAAGAAGCUAUGUGAUGUCCAAUUAAAAGUAGUUUAAUGUUUCUUUUAGAGGUUGGCCUUCAAGGACAAAAUCUAGUGGAUAACACUAAGGGGUGGUGGAGGUGGUAAAGGCGCAGGAUUAUGUUCAGCAAGUGCUGAGUUCGAUUUUUGACAGUCCCCACUUCUGCGUUAUCCUCUUGGUGGCCACCGACAAGACUGUAAGCUCGUAUUAAAUAUGCUCAGAAUUUGUCGGAUAUCUAUAUGAGUUGGGGUUUGCCGUCGCAAAACGGAUUUCUCCUUUUAAAAAAAUCUAGUGGAGAAAAGAUUGACAGAGAUAUUACUCGUUAAUCAGUCGUUAGUGUUUAUUUUGCCAGCUACGAAGACGUUAGAGACUAAUUAAAGAGAACACAUGUCCCGCCAUAGAGGUUCAUUUUCAUACUUUCAUAUACUCUCUAAUGAUGGGCUGUUUGGGCUGAUGGCCUAAACCUUAAGAGGCAGAAAUAUGUGUAGUUUUGGAUGGGCUAUAUCGCCUCAGUGAUCAAUAUUAUAUCAAUGUGAGUUUUACAUAUGUAUAAAUAGUCAGAAGAUAAUGAACUGUGAGAACCUACUGAUAAUAACACGAAUCUUGAAUUUGAAGGUUUCAAAUCCAUUAAUUAACGCUUAACUAUAUAAAAAAAUAAUAUAUGUCAUCCUUAUAUAAAAUUAUAUGAAUUCAUUCUUCCAAAAUCUAAGUUUAAUUUUGAAAAAUUAUUGUGUUCUUUGAGAAAUCAUUUCUAUCUCUUUAUUUAUAUUUCUUGAGUUUAAAAUCAUUUAAGCUAAAAAAGAGCUAAAAAAUGACAAUAAAGUUCAUUGUUGAAUUAGAAACACGGAAAUAAAUAACUCAUAAAGUAAGGUAUAACAAGUUUUUUUUAUUGUUAGCUCGACUAUUAUUUGACUUUCGUAGUGGCUUCUUAGCUUGUAUUAUUACUUUUUUAUGUCUUCACUUUUUGCUUAGGAAAAAAUUAUCAAAGUAUCAACAAAAAUUGAGUCUUUCAAUUCUCUUGUGUUUUUCGAUUUAUCAAGUCUUUUAUAACGAAAAUUAGUGACGUCUAUACCUUAUCAAUCUAUCCACCAUAAAUAUAUCGUGGUAGUUUCAAUCCAAGUAUUUUAGCUCUUCUUAGCUAAGAAGUGUAGAUGCAUUGUAUGUUGCUUCUAACCACCUUAUAAUGAUCCUUCCACAAUUCCGUCAUCCUAAUCUUUCAUAUUUGAAGAGCAUAAGCUGAUGUGCACCAAAUAAAGAUGAAUCUAUCCUAAGCCUGAUGUUGUCUAGUAAGGCCAUUCUUUUGAUAAAUUGAUUCACGUUUUUUAUUUUUUUAUGUCCAUUACCAUAAAACAAGUAUAACCUCAACAUGGGACGGGAUACGGUGACAACCCCUAAGGGGUUGUCAGAUUCACAACCAAGGGUAUUUUGUGUAUGAGAAAAAGGAAUAUAUUAAUUACCUUUUU